AAUGGAAUUGAACUUGGAAUUCAUUUCCACAAAACUCAUAAAACCAUCCAUACCAACACCACAACACCUUAAGAAUUACAAGUUAUCGUUCUUCGAUCAGCUCGCGGAGAGGGAACAUAUGCCAUUACUACUUUUCUAUUCACAUGAUAACAACAACAACGAUGACAAGUUUGAUGAGAAACUCGAAAAAUCCCUAUCCAGAAUUUUAUCUCAUGUUUAUCCUGCAGCAGGAAGGUUGUCAAGGGAUCGAUGUUCAAUCGAUUGCCUUGACCAAGGUGUUAAGUUUACAAAAGCCAAAGUCAAUUGUAAAUUCAAUGAUUUCAUCAAUCAGAUCCAAAAUGACCUAAAUCUCGCCCUGUUUUUCUUCCCUCAGGAUAUCCAGAAUUUGAAGGACGCGGAUUUUGACAGUACUCCACCUAUGGUUGUACAAGUGACAAAGUUCGAAUGUGGUGGUAUUGCUAUCUCAAUUAGUGCAUCGCACCCUGUAAUGGAUGGAUUCAGUAAUUUCAAAUUCGUUUACGAGUGGGCUAAAGUGUGUAAAUUGGGGAUUUCAGCUAAUCAGAUUGAUUUCAUGAGUUUUGAUUUUGGUGAGAUUCUUCCAGCAAGAGAUUUAUCGAGUAUUUUCCCAAAUCGUGUUCAUCCAGUAGAAUUAGAAGCAAAAUUUAUAGCUAAGAGAUUUUUUAUUAAUGAACAGACGAUAUCGUCUCUCAGAGACAAGUUUACAGGGGCGAUAAAUUCAGGGGAACUAUGCUUUAAGCCUUCAAGAGUUGAAAUUAUUACAGCAAUUUUAUGGAGGGCUUUAAUUCGUGUUUCAGAAGCAAAACACGGGUAUUUGAGACGUUCAUUAGUGUUUUUCCCUGUGAAUUUACGCGGAAAAAUCUCAUUACAUCUAAAAGAAAACGCGUUUGGGAAUUAUGUAAUGGAUGCUCCAAUUCUAUUUGUACCCAAGAAGAACAAAAUGGAGCUUCAUGAUUUUGUAACGUUGAUUAGGAAUUCGGUGCAAAAAGCUAUUGAUGCUUGUGCUAUAGGUUCAGCUGAUGACAUAAUCGCGACUGUGGCUAAUUCAUACAAGGAAAUUUUCUCGUCAAAAGAAUGGGGAACUGACAAUGAUGAAGUUGACAAGUGUAUAAUUUCGAGUUUGUGUAAGUUUCCGAUGAAGGAUGCUGAUUUUGGUCGAGGAAAACCAAGUUUGAUGCAUUUUGGAUUAAGAAAUUUUCAUAGUUGUUGGAUGUAUGAUGCAGAAUGUGAAAGUAUUUGUGUGCAAGUGGACUUGAAGGAUAGUUAUAUGAGUUUAUUUGAAUGUGAAAGUGAUAUCAAGGCUUUUACCAAUGGAAAUCAAGAGAGAAUUCAACUGCAGCCAUUACUGUAA